GGCACUUUUUCAUCUAAACCUACUUCCCCUCCUUCUCCAUCCUAUCAAAGGAUUCUCUGUCCUUAGUUGCUCAGACCAGAAUCUUCGGUCAUCCUGGACCCCUCUCUCUCAUACACACUCAUAUCCACUCCGUCAGCAAGUUUUGUCGUCUCUACUUUAAAAAUCUUGCCAGAAUCUCCCCAGUGCCCACACCCUGGUCUACCUGUCACGUCUCACCUGGACAAUCAUAGCAGCCUCCCUGGUCUCUCUGACCCUCCCCCUGGUUUGUCCCUGAAGGCAGUCAGAGGGAUCCAUCACCUCUCCCCCUCCCACACAGACACACAGGAAGCAGGUGGCCUUGUCACCAGCAGGGUGACAUCCGCUAUUGCUGCCUCUCCACUCCCCCAUUGUUCCUCAGGACUUCUCUGGACCAAAGCCUUUUGAGAGGUCCUUUCCAGCCCCCAGCCCACCAUGGUCCUGCCAGGCAACAUCCUGUUCCUGCUUUUGCUCCCAGUGGCUACAGCUCAGAUGACCCCAGGUUCCUGUUCCGGAUGUGGGCCCCUCUCUCUGCCACUCCUGGCAGGCCUUGUGGCUGCGGAUGCUGUUGUGUCACUGCUAAUUGUGGUGGUGGUGUUUGUGUGUGCUCGCCUACGCAGCAGGCCCACCCAAGAUGACAAAAUCUACAUCAACAUGCCUGGCAGGGGUUGACUUCCCUGUAACUGCGAGUUUUGACUUCUGACCUUCUCAUCCUGCAUGUGGGUGGCGGCACAAGAAAAUCCACCCUGCUUUGGGGCUGGAAUAAAGCCAUUGAAAUACU